UACCAUGCAUUCAAAGAAAAUGAUUUGUUUUGGGGAACUAACUUCACCGAAUGGACAAACUUGAAGCUGGCAUAUUAUAACCCGUGGAACUUUCAACCCAUCAAACAUCCUAUUGAAGCUUACGGAGGUUAUUAUAACAUGCUCGGCCAUUCCCAACGGUCAAGAAUGGGAAAGCUGGCAAGGUUUUAUGGCAUCCACGGCUUCGCAUUUCAUCACUACUGGUUUGAGUGCAACACUGUAUUUAUGGAGUCGGUCAUUAUGGAAAUGCUGAAAGAUGGACAGCCAGACCUCCCGUUUAUGCUCAUUUGGGCAAAUGAAGCCUGGACCCGGCAUUGGACUGGAGAGACAGGCGAAAUACUUCAGUCACAGAGCUACGGGAAUGAGACAUGCUGGCGGUUGCAUUUUCAGUGGCUGCUACCCCUUUUCAAGCACCCUAACUACAUAAGAGUCAAUAAUAAGCCGGCUUUUGGAAUCUACAUCGUCCCCCUUAUCAAGGAGCUGAGGCCAAUGCUGAAGCUUUGGCGAUCACUCUCUAAAGAGGAAGGUUUGCCUGGCCUCCAUAUUAUCCAGUGCCUGGGCCAUAAAGACACAGGUGUUUCUCGAAAUGUCAAUGCUAUCAUGGAGUAUCAGCCCAAUCUGAAAAAGGGGCGGAUGAAGACUGAAUCUCCAACAAAAAGGCUGCACAAAGCUCAUUACCGGGGGGAAUAUCUUGGUUGGGACAACUUCCCAAGGCACAACCUCGACCCACAUUUUGUCGUUGGGGACCUUGAUGAUGAUCCUGUUCAUGUGGAGGCAAGGCUGGAGGAGAGAUUCAGAAUCGCUCGAAAUGAUGCGAACAAUGGAACGACCCCCAACCUCUUCUUCCUCACUGCAUGGAAUGAAUGGGGAGAGGGGAACGUGCUGGUGCCAAACAACAUUUUUGGAUACGGAAACUUGAAUGCAGUUGCACUGGCGUAUGAGAACAGCAAGAAUGAAGCCAGCAAUGACAUCGACAUUCUGAACAAGUUGCACGAAUCUAUGGAUGAGUGCAGAUUGAAGCUGGACAUUCAGUACUACGUCGAUCUUGCUGGUACAGACCUCUUUCAUCUACUGAGUGGUCCUGAACCGGAAAUGAGGGUAAUUGAGAACUGGCAGACUGAAGGUUUCAACAAAGGCAGAGAGUUCAGGCUUGCGAGUGAGCUGGAGGAUGCUGCUUGCACUGGGAAAGUGCAUUGUCAGUUUCUGUGCGGAACGACUUUGGACAAACACAUG